UUAUGGACCAUUUCUUCUUCUUCUUUUUUUGCUUUCUUUAGAGUCAAGAAAGUGAAUGAGAAAGGUAACCCAUGCAUGAUAUACGACUAUAUAUAUAUGUUAGAAAAUCCAAAACUUUAGUUUGUUAGUAAAAUUAUUAAGGAAAAUGAAAGCUGUGGUGAGUAAAUUGCAUUUUUCUUCGACGGAGGAGGUGAUGGUGGUGAGACGAAGGCCACACGUGGUUAACGGCGGUGGCUUCGUAGUCACAGAUUGUAGAGAGAAGACUAUUUUCAAGAUUGACGGUUGUGGAGUUCUUGGCACCAGAGGAGAGUUAGUUCUUAGAGAUGGUGAUGGUACUGAUUUGCUUCUCAUCCAUAAAAAGGGAGGAAUGGUGCAGGCUCUAAGCAUUCAUAACAAGUGGAGAGGCUAUAGUUACGACUAUCAAGGAAGCCCUAAACCGGUUUUCACAUUGAGAGAUCCUAAGCAAUUUUGUUUCUCCAUAACCGGUUCCAUCCGCAUCUCGGUCCAACCGGGGAACUGCUACUUUGAUGUGAGAGGGUCUUUCCCGGAUAGGGAUUGUAGCAUCGUGGAUUCAACUGGAAGUGUGAUCGCUCAGGUAAAAGAAUGGAGUGGGAGCAAAGAUAUAUACUCGGUGGUGACAAAAGCUAAUGUUGAUAAAGCUUUCGUUUUCGGAGUAAUCGCGGUUCUUGACUAUAUCUAUGGUGAAUCUACAAGUUGUUGAUCGGUUCAUCACUAGCAUCAUCUGCAACUUGCUCUUUUCUAUACUCAAAUCUGUGUAAUGUGCAUGUUGUUCCAUGUACGGUGGUUUAAAGACUAUUAUGUCGUUUUUAUUAAAUAAUUACUCGACUCUGUAAAUAUUUUUACAUAUUUUGUUUUGUAAUAGUUCAAAAAUCAUUACUAAGGUGUUAUAGAUUAUUAUAAUUAAACUU